UUAACAUAUAUCAAAUUGUUUUCUGGCCCCUGGGUAGAAACCCUCUGUGAGAGAAAAAACAGAAGAGGGAGAAGACAGGAGGGCUUGUGGGUGCGUCAGAUACCCUGUGAGAGAGUUGGCCCAGUUAAACUUCCCUGCCACAUAUGUCAAACGGUUUUGUUUGCAAAGGCUAGUGUUUAAGUGUGGAUCUGCUGAGCUUCGCAUCUCCUAGCUGGCUGCUUUACUCUGCUCUACUCUGCUGGGCUUGAAUAACUGAUAAAGAAGUCUACUAGAACCAUGUGCUGUCAGAACCCCAUCCAGAGGGUAGAGAUGGGUGCUGCUCAGCUCCUCUUCGCUGCCAUCUUCUGGUCAAUGCCUUACACUGGAGCUGCUGCUGUGCUGUCUCUGUCCAAAUCCAACCAGACAGACCUUCUCCAACUAACUAGGCCUGCCUCCGAGGCAGAGUCUGACUGGAGGAAUCUGAAUCUUACUAGCAUCCACGUGCCUCGUAGCCGAAGGAGGAGAGCCAUCUCCUCCAGAGAAAUGAAUGCCUUGUUGGAUUAUCACAACCGUGUCCGCUCCCAGGUCUCCCCUCAAGCUGCCAACAUGGAGAUCAUGGUGUGGGAUGGGAAACUGGCAAAAUCAGCAGAUUCCUGGGCCUCCCGCUGCAUAUGGGAUCAUGGACCCUCCCAGACCAUGAGAUAUAUGGGCCAAAACCUGUCCAUCAACUCUGGCAGAUACCGAUCAGUCAUUGAGCUGGUGAGGUCCUGGCAGGAUGAGAAAAACUCCUUCUCCUACCCCAACACAUGCAGUGGACCAGUUUGUUCCCACUAUACACAGAUGGUCUGGGCCAAUACCAACAGGAUGGGAUGUGCCAUCAACAAGUGCUCAAACAUGAACGUGUACGGGAGCUCUUGGAGAACAGCAGUGUUCUUGGUUUGCAACUACUCUAUCAAAGGGAACUGGGUUGGAGAGGCUCCCUACAAGAGUGGCAAACCAUGCUCUGCUUGUCCAUCAAAAUAUGGAGGUUCGUGUAACAGAAACCAGUGUUCCUCCGCUGGUUCAAAAGCCAAAGCCAAGAAACGGAAAAGAUAUUAAAACAUUUUGGCCGUCAGUCACAUUUUCCCUGUUUUAAUGGAAGACUUUAAAUAAUUAACUGUUUCUGUUGAACCAUUCCAUUGAUCUCAUAAAAUAACAACUGCAAGAGAAGAUGUGUGAGAUGCAAAGAAUUUCUAAAUAAUAAUAGUAAUUUUAAAAAACAAUAACUGGUUUUGCUAGGUUGGAAGUAACAAAAAAUUACAAAAAAAAGUUUCUGUGAUUAAAUUACAGUACCACUAUUUUUGUGUUAAUUAUUAACAAAUGUUUGAUGCACCACCCACUGGAUGGUUAGGAAAGGUUGUCCCCCCCCGCCCCCUUUGGGGCCAGGACAUACAGAACCCAACUACCUAAAACCAGAAGGGAAUUAUGUUGUAUUAAUUUGAUUAUGUCCUUUAGUGAAAAUGUUGAGAAGAUGAGUUCAAUAUACUUGUAGGUCUAUGCCAACGUGUUUGAUAAGUCCACAAACUGUUUGCACUGUUUUUGGUUGAUUAUUUGGCUCGAGUGACAUUUUGCGAAGCUAUUUGUAUUGAAAAUUAAGCACUUUUAUAGUUCACUGUUUUCUAUUUGUUUUUUAUUGUAUAAUACAUAUGUUUACUGUAAAUUUAGGGACGUAGAUCAUUUUUGUUAUUUGUUCUGUUGUAGACCAAUUAUCUUUCAUAACAUUGUAAUUCACUUAGAGGUCAUGAUUGGCUUGAAAAUGACAACACUGUCAAGCGUUCUUUGAAUAAAAAAUAAAGGAGUUUAACUCAG